AUUCAGACUGUAGCUACAGUCGUAGCUAACGUAUAAGCCGCGGAAUAAAAUUUUUGCGUGAUUUGUAUUUUUCAAACAGAGCUUAGCGUAUUGAGCACUGUAAAUAAUACAUCAUUUACCACAUUUCAAUAUUUUAUUCAUUCUUUUCAGUAAUAUUUAUAUAAUACUUAUAUAUUUACUUUAAAAUAUUGUCCACUGCAGAAGAAAAAAUAUGGCGUCCGAAAAUAGCACUGUUGAUACCGCUUAUACCAAAUUUUACACGCGGGAAGAAGUCGCUAAGCAUAAUGAUAGUAAAGAUCUGUGGUUUAUUAUUCACAAUAAAGUUUACAAUGUGACUCAAUUUAUAAGUCAUCCUGGUGGAGAAGAAGUUCUUUUGGAACAAGGUGGUCAAGAUUGUACAGAAGCCUUUGAAGAUAUUGGUCAUUCAAGUGAUGCAAGAGAAUUAAUGGAGAUAUUCAAAAUUGGAGAAUUAGUAGAAGAGGAAAGAACAAAGGGAAGCAGUGAUGUAACUGAUGUGUCUGAUGUAGAUAAUUCAAGUCAGUGCAGCAUCGUGAUGUGAUCAUUGCCAGUUGCAGUGGUUCUUGGCGAUCGUGGCUGAUUCCAAUUGCUCUUGGGGUACUGGCGACUCUUGUCUAUCGUUACUUUAUUAAAGCACACUGAAUCAUUCCUGAUAUUUAUUUUUUUGUAAUUUGUAUUAUACAUAAACGAAUGUUAUAAAUAACUAAUCAAAGAGUACUAUGUAUAUUGCACAUAACUACAGUCUUGUUUUAUGACAUGAAAUUGCACACACAAACUGGCCUAGCAUAAAAACAUUUAUAAAACAAAAAUUCAUUUGUUAUAUUUAAGCUAAAAUAUAUAUAAACACGCGCGCGCGCGUUUCAUACACAUGUAAUAAUACGAAUUAUAUUAACUGCAAGUACAAAAAUAAAGUAAUUUUAUUUACAUACUGGUACAGAAGUUCCUGUGAAACAAAGGAACAAGAAUUGGCUCCAGAUCAAUAUUUUAAAAACACAUUGAUUGCAAUUACCAUUCUGAUUGUAUAUAUAAAGAUAUUUACACUUAGUUAAAGAAUAUAUGAGCAAAUUAAGAAUUAUUUAAAAAAUAUAUUUAAACAAUAUUUAGAAGAAUUCUUAAAGUUGCAUUUGUCAAAAACAUAUUUAAAAUUAGUUUACAUGUAUAAUCAACAAUGCAAUAUUUUGUAAUAUUAUGAGAAUGAAAUUGUUAAGUUUUCUAUUGUAAAAUUAUAUAUAUUAUAAAAUAUGUUCUAUUAUA